UUUUUCACAUUGGCAACUCUGUCAGUGGUGACGUUUCCGAGUGGUCAAGAGGCGCAAGAUUUACUGAAAUAAAACAGAAAAUUCUAAAUAACUACUCAAUAUUGAUCAACAGUUCGUAUUGGAAACGAUUAUGUAGUUUUCGCGUUAUCACGUGUGUGAAUUUUGUUAGUUUCAACUCGGAUAGUUUGGACGGAAGUCGUAAUAAAACAGCACGUCAUGUCUUUACAGUCGUAUGUGGUUUGCGCAUUGCUGCUCAUAACGCCUAUUAGAGCGUUUUAUUUACCCGGCUUGGCUCCCGUGAAUUAUUGUAAAGCUAGCGAAGACUCUCGUACAUCGUGCAAGAAUGAAGUUCCACUAUACGUCAACAGACUCAACACAGAAGAGUCGGUCAUACCGUUUGAAUACCACCACUUUGACUUCUGCACUGCUGAUGAAAGCCAGUCACCAGUCGAGAACCUCGGCCAAGUGGUAUUUGGCGAACGAAUCCGACCGAGCCCUUACAAAAUUAAUUUCUUAGAGAAGGUUACUUGCAAGAAAGUAUGUAAGAAAACAUACAAAGGAUCUGACACGGACUCCAUUAAAAAGCUGAACCUCUUGAAAAUGGGCAUGGCUUUGUACUACCAACACCACUGGAUUCUCGACAACAUGCCUGUCACAUGGUGUUAUGUGAUUAAUGAAAGCGGGAAGGUUUAUUGCAGCACUGGAUUCCCGAUGGGUUGCCAAGUUCGCAGGGAUAUGGACACAUGUUCGCCGAUAGUGAAGGUAUCACCGGCGCAAGUCGGAUCCUAUUACCUCUUCAAUCACGUCGACAUUGAAAUCACUUACCACAGUGGCGGUGAUGAAGAAUUGGGCGUUGGAUUCCGAGACAAUGGCGGGCGGAUCAUAUCGGCUAAGAUCACACCAGCCAGCAUAAAGCACACGGACGAGAAUCACCUUGACUGCAGCGUUCGCAACAAUCCGCUAGAGAUACCAACGAGUCUAGAUUCCGACAAGACUUUAGACGUCAUAUACACUUACAACGUCACUUUUGUUAACAACAACACCAUCAAAUGGUCUUCCAGAUGGGAUUACAUUCUAGAGUCUAUGCCCCAGACUAACAUCCAGUGGUUUUCCAUACUGAAUUCGUUGGUCAUAGUGUUGUUCCUUAGUGGAAUGGUGGCGAUGAUCUUGCUGAGGACUUUGCAUAAGGAUAUCGCGCGGUACAAUCAGAUGGAGUGCGGUGAAGACGCUCAGGAGGAAUUCGGUUGGAAACUGGUGCAUGGCGAUGUGUUCCGGCCGCCGAGGCGUGGAAUGCUGCUUGCUGUGUUCUUGGGAUCUGGCUCUCAGGUAUUUGGCAUGACCCUGGUGACGCUGGCGUUCGCGUGCCUGGGCUUCCUGUCGCCCGCGAACCGCGGCGCGCUGAUGACGUGCGCGCUGGUGGCGUGGGUGCUGCUCGGCGCCACGGCCGGCUACGUCAGCGCCAGGAUCUACAAGAGCUUCGGCGGCAGGCGCUGGAAGAGCAACAUACUGCUCACGUCUAUGGUGUGCCCGGGUGUGGUGUUCUCUUUGUUCUUCAUAAUGAAUCUGGUGCUGUGGGGCAAGGGCUCGUCGGCGGCGAUACCGUUCUCCACGCUGGUGGCGUUGCUGGCGUUGUGGUUCGGGGUCUCCGUGCCGCUCACCUUCAUCGGCGCUUACUUCGGAUUUAGAAAGAGGAUCCUGGACCACCCAGUGCGCACAAACCAGAUUCCCCGCCAGAUCCCCGAGCAGUCUCUGUACACGCAGCCGAUCCCCGGCAUUGUCAUGGGCGGAGUUCUGCCAUUCGGUUGCAUUUUCAUCCAGUUGUUCUUCAUUCUUAACUCGCUAUGGUCCAGCCAGAUGUACUACAUGUUCGGUUUCCUCUUCCUCGUGUUCGUGAUCCUGGUGAUCACCUGCUCCGAGACGACGAUCCUCCUCUGCUACUUCCAUCUCUGCGCCGAAGACUACCACUGGUGGUGGAGGGCCUUCCUCAGUUCAGGAUCUACCGCUGGUUACCUCUUUAUCUACUGCUGCCACUACUUCGUCACCAAGUUGAACAUCGAAGACGCUGCCUCCACGUUCCUGUACUUCGGCUAUACGCUCAUCAUGGUCUUCUUGUUCUUCCUUCUCACCGGAACGAUCGGUUUCAUGGCGUGUUUCUGGUUCGUCAGAAAGAUCUACAGUGUGGUUAAAGUUGAUUAGUUGGGAUAAGAUUGUGAUAGUGUUGGUACUGCGUUUGCGUGUCCGUCGUGAUUUUUAUAUGUUUAGAAUGAAACGGCAUUUAAUAAUUUCCUUUUAAUGUUAAGAAUUUUAUAGGCCGAUGCUUGCCGACAUUGCAGCACAGGACGGCAUACGAUUUUUUAAAGUUUAAUACCAUUUCCAACAUACUGUUGAGGCAGCAUAUAUCUUCCCUACCGAUAAACGACAUCUACGAAAUACGAACGUUAGGUUUAUUAAAAUAAGAUUUUAAAUAGUUUUGCUUAAAAAAGCUUAUGCUCCUGCCCUGAAUCCGCGAGCGUCGAGACUAUUGGUCCCGUGUCAGAAUACGCUGGCGUGAACUAAGGGGCUUUAAUUCAAGACGCUAAAAGGUGAAUCAAUAAAUUGCACAAGAUUAGAUUUCCAAAGAAAGUUAACAAGAAAUAAGCGACCAGUAGAACUUACUGAAUUAUAUUGUAAAUAUAGGACAAAGGAAAACACAUGGAUGUUAUGUGUUCAUCGUGAUUCAUAAAUAUCCGCUAUAUUUCAUCGCGUUCUUUCCAAAUAAAAACAAUCCGAUAAAGUAAACAAAAUAUUAUAAGAUUAGUUUUCUGAUCACCGAAAUUAACAAAUAUAUCGUAGAGUUGAAUCUAUAAUUAUGAUGCUGUGACCCAUUGAAAACUACAAUCUUAUAUUGAAAUCCUCCUUUACAUGUUUAAUGUAGCGAUGGACGCGGUUGUAUGAGAUUUACGUACCAAUGCUUCUGCGAAUGUGCUGUUUUGUGAGUCCAGUCACAAUGAACUGCUGGGCGCCACACGGUAACUACGGUUAAGACGGUAUAAAUAUAUCGCACACGUGUAACAUUAGCCUAGUGGUUACUGUUGGCACCUAUUUUGGUUCGUUAUGAAUGUCGGCAGUCAGCGACUGCCCACGUGAUUUAAUGUAAUUGUAUAAAAUAUAUCUAUAAAUAAAUUGAUAGUCUCAUGAUCGUC